CUGGCUUUCAGCAAGCUGAUUUCCUAAGCUCCUCCCAUAUUUCCAUAUCUCUAAGCCCCGACGGCAUAGCCUAACGGCGCCGAUGGUGGCCCUCGCCUACGGUCGUCUGGCCAUGAUGGCGAUCACCAGGGUGGUUUUCGAGGGCGGCUUGACCGGCUCCGCCUGGGGCGACUGGUCGCUCUACCCGGGCUCCCCGGAUUUGGCGGUCCAGGAUCCAGUUGGCUUCGCCGUGAGCAGCACGCCAGACCUCAGCAGCAGCACCGUGACCAUCACGAUCAUCACCGGCUCCGACUUGGGCGUCUUGGAGCUCCACAGCAACAACACCACAGACACCACCGCGAUAUUCUUCGGCAGGGGCUCGGAGGGCCAGGCGGAGGACGAUGAGUUUUCGGCCGCGGACCUCGAAAAGUGGAUGGUCAUCAAGAAGCGCGCAGGCCACAAAAGCCGCAGGCCACCUUGCAAGGCGCACGCCGACAGCCGCGACGUGCUGACGCCGGAGGAGAUGGUGCAGCUGCGUCAAGAGUUUGUGGAGGAGCUCGCGAACCCUGCUUUGGCCAAGGAGAGAAAAGUUGCAAAGGCAAAGGCUAGGCACCGCGCGGGGUGGAAACCUCCGGAGGCGCCGCAAUCUCAGGAGGAGUACCGCUUUGAUUUCGGGAAACAUUCUGGUUCCACCUUGAGGAGUGUGCUUCAGGAGGACCCUGGCUACCUUGAUCGGUUGAUGAGUUGGAGGAACAACAUCCUGGACCAGAAGCUGACAUUGAGGUGUGCUCUUGAGAAGGAGGGCCUCCUCGAGGGGCUCCUGGCGAAGAGGCCCCAGCUGAUGGUCGAGAGAGCGCGGGGGAUGAUCGCGAAGGCGGCGGAGGACAAGGACAAGCCCCUGCAUCCGGAAAUCGCCAAGUUGCGGGUCGCGCAGCACAUCGAGGCCACCGAAAUCUUGGCCAUGCAUUCCAGCGAGACUGCCGUGGCGGCGCUUGCAGCGCCCCCGCGGGACCAGCAGCAGAAGAGAAAACGAGUGUCGGCAGCCAGGUACCUUCUCCCGCACUGUUCCAGAUGUGGGAGCGUGGAGCACAAGCGGCCGCAGUGCCCGAACAAAUCGCUGCAGGGCGAGGUCGUGGAGGACUGCCGCAGCCAGGCCGUCGUGGAUUACAUGCGGAACCGCCGAUCUGCUGCACUUGUCGCCAGGCUGAAGUACACGCAAAUAUCUAUCAGAACGCGGGAGUACGAAGAGAGGGCGAAGAAGAUGGCGAGGGCCCCGAUUGACACGGACUUUGUGCAAAUGGCACGGUGGUCCCCAGAAGAGUUCGUCCACUACCUCGUGUCCGCUGGCAUUUUGCACGACUUGAAAGGGACGCCGUGCCCGCGAGGGAAGUGCCAAUCCUCCAAGAAGUCGAGCUUCCUCGAGGGCGCCGAGAAGGAGCUGGGCCAAUUGCGAUGCAAUGCUGAAAAGGGGCAGGAUAUUAUCAUUGAGACUGCGUGGCACGCGUGUUGUGGCGUGUGCCGCGUGCACCAAUCCGUGGCUCUGCACAAUCCGUUGUUCUCUGGCCUGCUUGGGAAGGGCAGCAAGGGCGUGUCGAUGUGCGUGAUGGCGUGGUGGCUAGCCGCUGAAGGGGUCCCUGAGUCGGUGGCAGUGCGGCAGCUCAAUAUCCAUGAGGGCGUCGUGCAAGGGGAGAGGGGCGACGCCUGCCGCCCCGCGCGGGCGCGGGGGAUUCAGUGGGGCACCGGCUCUUCUCGAACGGUCGAGGUGGAGGUCGAUGCCACGGUCAUUUGCAAGUGGAAAGCCGAGGAGAACGCCGAGCUGACGCAUUCAUAUUACUGUUACAUUGGCAUUCGCCAGCGAGGUAGCACGUCCCACUUCGCCAUGAUGCCGCUGGGCGUGAGCACAUCUCAGAGGAGGGGCAUUGGAGACACCGGCGGAGGCCGCGUGGCCCCCGAAUCGUCCGAGGCGUAUCACGCGUUCUGCAAGGAGAUCCUUGGCGACCGCAAGUACAAUCUGCUGCUCAUGACAGACGGCGCGGGCUGCUACAAGUGCCGCUGCUCGGAUUGCGUCGUGCGGUUCGAGGAGCACCACAGCGUGAACCACUCCAGGAAGCCGAAGGCCGAGUUUUCCCAGCCCAUCCCCGCGGUCGUCGCCGACGUCGACACGGGCCACACGAGGGGAUCUAUGGCUGGCACGAUGACGAUCGACAAAGAAUGGGAUCUUCUCAAGGAGCCUUUGCCACGGAACCUGACUGCCCGCACUGUGGAGGACGUCGAUAGGACGGACGGCUACGUGAGGUCUCAGCAAUGGCGGCGCUUGGUCGGCAACGACGAUCGAUGGUCGGCUUUUCUCGACGCAGCCAGGGAGUGGGCGAAAUGCGCCGAUUCCAGAGCGAAGCUCAAGCUGGGUCUGGCAACGGGGAAAGCGGGCAAGUUGGCUCUGGCAGCGGGGAAGCGCUUGGCCGCCGAAGCCAACCCAGCAGAUCACCGGGGCAGCGCUCCCGUGUGCGGCCGGCAUGCCUUGAACAAUUUGUUGGGGGCGCCGCAGUUCUCGGACGGCGACUUGGAGGUGGCACGCGGCAUUGUGGUGGCUCAGACAGAUGAUCCCCCCGACCUUCACGUGAGCGAUGGAGGAUGGUACUCCCACUCCGUGCAGGUUGACGAGGAGCCUGGCCAGCCGGACCUCGCCCCCGGCGACUGCAUCGUGUCCAUCGGCGGGCAGGCGAUCCAUGGCCUCGACGAGGAGACCAUGCAGUGGCGCUUCGGGAGGAACUUCCUCGAGGGCGCCGAGCUCAGCAUCAUCCCUGCCGAGCACAUGCGGCAGAUCCUGGCGGCCGAGACCGCAGGCGACUCUGUGCAGAAAACGGAGGCGGCGCCCGCGGCCAAGGAGGGCCCCUCGCGCGUGGCCUCGCAGCAGCUGCGCCGCCGUGUGGACCUCGGGGCCCGCCUGGAGGCCUGGUGCGUGGCGCCGUGGCGCGACGUGCCGCAGCUGGUGGCUUGCGUGGACAACAGGCUCAUGAUCGCUGGCAUGGCCGCUGGGGACGGCGACUCGCGGGCGCAGAGCAUCAUGUCUGGCGUGGCACGUGGGCAGUGGAAGCGGCCUGUGACGAGGCUGGCGCUGUUGGGCUCCUGCGGGGACGUGCUGGUCGCGGGGCUGACGAGGGCGGUCCUCGUCUGGCGGGUGCCCGAGCUGGUGAAGGAGUUCUCGGGGGACCCCGAGCUGGUGGCCGCCUUCGAGCUUCCGAGGAGCACCUCUCUCGCGGGCGUCGCCGUCGGCCUCGGCCUCGGUGCCACGCCGUUCGGCUGGGUCACGGCGGAGCUGGGCGGCGUGACGGACAGCAGCGCGGCCAUCGACGUCUGGCGCUUCUACCAGGGCGGCGAGAGGCCCUCCGCGGCAGCACCGGUGGCGCUGCUGGCGGCCGCGCAGGCCAAUGUCGGCGGAGACGCUGUGACCAGGCUGCUCACAGCCUCUGGCAACGCCGCGGAUUCCCUGGCGGCUGCGCUCAAGACCGCUGCUGGCCGGGUGCCCACUUCGACGGCCGACGUGGAGGGCUCCGGCGUCGGCCGGCUGCGGGCGUGGGUGCGCGGCCCGCCGCCGGCGCCGCAGCUCCAGGGGGGCAUCGGCACAGUUCGCCAUGACUUCUGCCCACUCAGUGUGUGGGGCAGGGUCGCCCUGUCGGCAUUGCCGUUCGGCCAUUGA